UAUUGUUCUCACUCCAAGCAGAACAGCUAGCACUCGCAACGUCGUCACAAACAGCCCUUUCGCUGCUCGAAGCCUUGUGUAGAUGGGGUCGGCCGCGCACAUCAGUGUUCGCUUGUGCAUACUUGCGUUCAUCUCGGCAUGGCCCAUUGAGCCCACAGAGUGCCGCCCGCUACAUGAAAGUGAGAGCUACCACGGAAUUGCCAAACUACCCGUGGAUGAAACGCUCGCGCCUUCAGCAGUACAAUGCAGAUGUCUCUGCGCCAUGAUCAGUGAGUCCGUGCUACCUGGAAGCAAGCUGGAGUGGUUUUAUCAUUGGGUACCCUGUCAGGGAGCAUCGCCCGCUAUGUGUCCUGUCAAAGUGUGCACCCAUGCAGCCCACCACCAUCAUGCACGACGUAUCCGAAGAAGUGCAUUUCAAGAUAUUGGAAGGUUCAUUCAGGUGGCGCUACCUUUCGGCGACACAUUGCUCGACAAUUUGUACACCGCAACAAAGGGUGCCGUCGGCCUGAGAAAGACAAAAUCAUUUAACUAAAACUGCAACCCAG